AUGGUCGGCAUUGCAAUCGCUCAGACCGUGUCCAAUUCGAAAGUUCUCUUGACCGACCUUCCAGAAGCUAGAGAGAUCGUUGAGCGAAACAUCGACUCGGCAGUCAAAGCACCAGGUGCAUCACUCGCGUUCAUGAAACUGGACUGGGAUGCAGAGUUACCUGGUGAAGUACAGACCAGCUCAGAACCUCUCGAUCUUAUUCUCGCUGCUGAUUGCACCUACAACCCAGACAGCAGCCCCGCACUAGUCAAAACGCUUGCACGACUCUCCAGAGCAAACCCUAAAGUCAGGAUUGCCAUCGCAAUGAAAAUGCGCCACUCAAGCGAAGCAGUUUUCUUCAAACUAAUGUCCGAUGCAGGAUUCCUAGAGACAGACAAGAUGGAGUUUCCAUUGCCAGGAGAUGUCGAAGUUGGCGAGGAGACUGUGUACUUGCACGUCUACUAUAGGGCAUUCUUUGCUCCUACCUAG